CGAUCUUGAACGGAAGUCAGCCGUAUGGAUCAUCGACUUAUCGACAUUAUAUGCUAACUACAAUGAUAUUAAACAUGUAAGAGAUGGAGAGGGGUCGCAAAUUAUCUGCGUCGCUAAACCACAAUUCGAUCGACAUCAGCUGGUCUUGGUGCAGCUCGGCCUCGCGCUUCCGAAAGCUCCUGCGCAGCCUUGUGCCUGGUCACAAUGUUCAUCGCAGUCCGUCUUGGUGCGUCUAUGAUUCAGUUAAUAUGUCGUUCGAAUGUUCCAGAAUAGCCGUCACAAUUCCUCGAUAACGACAAUCUCUGUCGAUUCGGAGUACUGUGGCCCACGAUGCGCCUCUUAAAGCUCAACGGCAACGGGGGGUUCAUUCUAGAGACCUUUGGAACCACGAUCCCUCCUUAUGCCAUACUUUCUCAUACAUGGGGAAGCAACAGCGAUGAAGUCACAUUCAAGGACGUCGUGGACGGUACUGGAAAUAAUAAGGCUGGAUACCAGAAGCUGAUAUUCUGCGGAGAUCAAGCCAAAUCCGACAGUCUAUCCUAUUUCUGGGUGGACACAUGCUGCAUCGAUAAGUCAGAUACCAACGAACUUACGAAGGCGAUCAACUCCAUGUUUCGCUGGUACCAGAAUGCGGCGCGAUGCUACGUCUAUCUUUCAGACGUUUCUGUAAGCACGCAAGGUGGCCAGGCUACUAAUAUCGAGUGGGAGUCUUCUUUGCGCAAUAGCCGAUGGUUCACACGAGGAUGGACACUCCAAGAGCUUCUCGCGCCGAGAAUAGUCGAAUUUUACUCCCGAGAUCACGUCCGAUUAGGUGAUAAAAAGUCACUCGAACGGCCUGUCUGCGAGAAAACAGGAAUCGCCAUAGAGGCACUACAAGGCCGUCCUCUCCAUGACUUCAGCGUCAAGGAGAAGUUUCGAUGGGUAGAGAAGCGACAAACGACCGAGGAGGAGGACAUGACAUACUGUCUCCUUGGAAUUUUCGGCGUUUUCUUGCCACUGAUAUAUGGUGAAGGGAAAGAGAAUGCAAUGAGAAGGCUGCGACGAGAGAUCAAGGACUCAGAGCAUAAAUCGCGGUCAUACGAAAAGCUAGCACGUACUAUGCCCUUCGAGCGCAAUCUUCGCUUCACCGGUCGCGAAUCCGAGCUUUCUAGAAUUGAAAAACUACUUUUCCGACAUGACCAAACCGUAAAGAUCGCCAUUACAGGACUUGGAGGCGUAGGGAAGACACAAUUGGCGAUCGAGACGGUCUAUCGGACCAUGGAGAAACAGAGGGACUGCUCAGUAUUUUGGAUUCCCGCGACCGAUCCUGAAACCCUUCUUCAGGCAUUCUCGGCAGUCGCCGAAGAGUUGGAUAUACCUGGAAGAGAUGAGCAAGGAGCAGACGUGAAGCGUCUAGUUCAGAAUUACCUCAGUAACGAGGGCGCGGGCCAGUGGCUCAUGGUGUUUGACAACGCCGACGACAUGGAUAUGUGGAUAGGAAAACCAGCUGAGAAACAAUCUAUCCGUCUCCUCGACUACCUUCCAAAGAGCAGGCAAGGAAGCAUCCUCUUUACUACGCGAGAUAGGAAGGUUGCUACUAAGCUGGCGUCUCAGAAUUUGGUAGAAGUCCAAGAAAUGAACUCAGAGGUGGCUUCGGAGCUAUUACAGAAAUGCUUGAUCGGACACGAUAUAGCGGCCUGCCAAACAGAUACCGAAACCUUGCUUAUACAGCUGACUUACCUUCCGCUCGCCAUUGUUCAGGCGGCAGCGUAUAUUAAUGCGAACGGCACCUCGAUCGCGGACUAUCUUUCCUUACUUAAUGAGCAGGAUGAGUCUAUAAUUGAACUUCUGAGCGAAGACUUUGAAGAUGACGGCAGAUACCGCAAUAUUAAGAACCCAGUGGCCACAACAUGGCUGAUAUCGUUCGAGCGAAUUCAACAGCACGAUUCUUUGGCAGCAGACUACUUAUCUUUAAUGGCAUGCAUUGAGCCAAAAGAAAUCCCGCAGAGUUAUUUUUCCCCUGGCCCAUCUCGCAAGAAGGAGAUAGACGCUAUCGGGACGCUUCACGCCUAUUCAUUUAUUACUAAACGUCCAACAGGUCUUACGGUCGAUCUUCAUCGGUUAGUACAUAUAGCUACUCGGAACUGGCUUCAAGAGAACGAUCAACUGGUACGGUGGACAGACAAAGCAGUCGUACGACUAGAGGAAGUUUUUCCCGACAAUACCCACACCAACAGGAGCAAAUGGAGGGCAUACCUGCCGCACGUGCGCGCUGUACUACAGUCUGACCUCCUUCAGAAGAAUUCGGAGAAGAGGACAGAUCUCCAAUGGAGAUAUGGAACCUGCCUCGACGCCGACGGACGAUGGAGUGAGGCAGAGGUCGCUUAUUCCCAGGUCCUCAAGAUAGAAGAGAAGGAGCUGGGCGCAGAUCAUCCUUCCACGCUGACCAUCAUGGCCAACCUGGCGUCGACGUACAGGAAUCAAGGCCGAUGGAAGGAGGCCGAAGAGCUGCAAGCGGAGGGAAAGAGGGUACUUGGCGCAGAGCAUCCAGACACGCUGACCAGCAUGGCCAACCUGGCGUCGACGUAUAGGGGUCAAGGCCGAUGGAAGGAGGCCGAAGAGCUGCAAGCGGAUGAGUUAAAUAUAUGCUCAAGGGUACUCGGCGCAGAGCAUCCUUCCACGCUGACCAGCAUGGCCAACCUGACGUCGACGUGGAAAGCGCAGGGCCGAGAUACGGAGGCUAUAGGUCUAAUGAUGGAGUGUGUACGGCUUCAAGAACAGGUUCUAGGUACCAGCCAUCCGUACUUCAUUUCUUCCUCGAAUAUAUUGGCGGAUUGGGAGGCAGAGCAACGAGACGCUCGCAAAAUAGAAUAA